ACCACCCUGGGAUCAGCACCUGCCUGCAUGGAGGUGAUUGGUGCUGGGCAGUGCCCAUGGCCACAGUGCAAGGGAGGGACAUGCAGGCACUGCCUUGGCCCUGCAUUGCCCUGAGCAGCCCUGGGUCUGCAGAGCUGUUUGUGACCCUGCAUCCCAGGAAUGCUCACAGACAGUGUGUGGUAUUUCUAAGGUGCUGGACCUUAAGAUCUCUCCAAGCCCGGGUCACAGCUAGCAGCAGCUGUGCUGUGAAGUGCUCUUGGCCGAGCAGCAGCUUUCUGUGCACAGCAGCGAGGGCUCCUCGGCUGCCCUAAGGCGAGAGGGAAGCUGGCCGUGUGCGCUCCAUCCAUCCGCGGUGCACGGCGCUCUGCUGCUGCAUCGCUCCUGCUGCAGGAGCGCUCAGCCUCGGGGCUGCCUGGUCUGAAGGCGGAGCAGCGGAGAUACCUUUUGCAAAUUUCUCCUUCUGAAUUGUGUAAAGAGCUCACGCACAGGAGGGCGAUUUUUACGCUAAUUUCUAAGCGCAAUAACAUUUCAAUCCAAGUCAGGGAAAGGAGGGGGGCUUCCUGCGGUUGCAGAGCCGGGGCUGUGCGCACCGAGGGCCGGGAGGUGCUCUCUCCCCGAACAAAAGCCGCUUGUGUGGCAGGCGGCAGCGCGGCGGGGCCGGCGGAGGUUGUUGCGGUGUCCCCUCACAUGGCAGCCGGGCGUGCUGAUGUGGCACUGCGUUAGGUAGGGCAGCACCUCUCGCUGUGGGAUGAGCAGGCGCUUCCUCCUGCGCGGGGAGCCCCGGGCGUGACGUGGCAGUUUGAGGUGAGCCCGGCCGCCCCGCAGCACCUUCCUGCAGCUGCUCUGCUGCCCUGUCCCGCUGGAGGUGAUGCUUCCCCCGGAGCAGGACGCCCAGGUCACCUUGCUCAGCCAUGAAUGCCUCAGCACCCAGCAGCCCGCUGAGGCACCCUGAGCCCCAGGAUGCAGCUGCCUUCACUCCCAUUUCUGUGGUCAGGAGCAUGACAAAGAAGUCUGAUGCCCUGCCCGUCAUCUCAGCCAUCGUCGUCAUCUUUGUUCUCCUGGCCAUCUUCAUCAUUGUCGUGGUGCACUACGGCCCGCAGCUCCGCACCAUCCAGAUUACCCUUUACCAUGAGCCCAUGCCGCAGGACCUGGACGACGGGGUGCACCUCAUGGACUGGAGGAAGUUGGGCUCCCAGAAGAAGCCCUCUCAGCCUGGGCAGUGGGAGCCGGGUGGCAACCUGAGCUGCCAGUGCUCCUGCAAGCACCACCUCCCCUGUGGGAGCAUUGAACCCAACGUCAUCGAGAUCACGUAUCUGUAACAAGGUUUGGGCAGGACCCAAGGGAAAAACAGUGACUGGGCUGUUGGCUCAGCCCAAGACUGGCUGGUUCCUGCACACUGGGGUUGUACCUGUCUCCAGAUAGCCUCACCUAGGAAGCUGUGUCACUGCAGUGACCCAUCAUCAGCCCUGACAUCCAGACCGCUAUCUCCAGGCAGCGCGUGGUGCCAGCCAGGCAAUGACAUUGGUGUUUGAUUGCCCCGAGCCAGAGCUGGGAGUGGGUCAGCCUGCGUGGGACAGCAUCAGCAUCCCUUCUGGUUUUUCUCGCCCUGCUUUCACCCACGCUGCCUGGGAGCACCCAGGAGAGCUGCCUCAGUCUUCUCUCCAUCUGGGGAGUGUCGAGUGAACGCUCAGUCCCUUGGCACAAGCUGGAAGUUGCAUCAUUUGGAAUUGCUUUAAGGAUUAGGGAUGUUUUCACAUACAGUGUCCUCGUUAUUUUGUUUGCGUGGCACAGAAAAGCCACAUGUCCCAUUUUUGCUCCAUGCCACAGCCUGCUUCCCCCUGCUGCAGAACUGAAUGCCGUCCUCCCUCUUGCUGGCUCUGGUGCAGUCCCAGCUGCCCUGACAGCUGCCUUCAGUGCAAUGUGUGCAGUGAUGGGGAUGGGACAACAAACUGGGGCUUCUUCCCAUUCCUCCAGGUGCUGGAUGUUUCUGAUCUGGCUGAUGCUCUGGCUCCCUUCAGCUCACACAUUUCCAGCUUGUUUUACUUUAAAGCGAAGUAGUGGUUGGACUUGUUGGAAAAUGCUGGUGUUCAUAAUAAAUGUAAUUUAUAUUUUUGUUGUUGUUUUCUCUUCUGAUUUUCUUCUGUUUGUUUUCCAGAGGUGACAGUGUGUUUCCAGCUCCCCUAUGCAGAUAAAGUGUGAUGUUUGGGUUGGAACCCUCUGAGAGUCCCUUCUAUAGAAUCACAAAACCAUUAGGGUUGGAAAGAAUCAUUUAGUCCAAGCAUAAACCCAAAGAAUGGCAGCACAGAGUUGUUUGUAACUCAACACACUGGAAUUAACGAGCCCUGAGGAGCUCACAGCCUUCCAAUGGCAGCUCUUUAUGUGAUGCCUGUAGGUUGUGGUGGUCCCAGUGGUCACCCGCACCAUAGGUGAGAAGCCAGCAGAUGAUCUUUGGAAAACCUUUCUGGUUUGUGCCAGGUGUGGAGUGGGAUCACCCACGCAGGGCCAUCGCAGUGUGCUGGCUCUGUGCGUUCAAAGCUGGGAUUGGUUUUGACAAAUGCUUUAGUGGAGAAACAACGGGAGCUUUGGUCGCAGCUCCCCCUAAAGGACAACUGCGGCACCGAGAUGUCGUGUUUGCAAAGAUAAGAUGAAAAACCACUUGCAUAUUAAGGAGAAAGAUAAAAUGGGUAAUUAUUACUAAGCUCAUCAAUCUGCAGCCACUCAGGGCUGAGUGAUGUUGCGAUGUGCUUUGGCCCACAUCUAUCAUUUGUGUGGGAGGAGCUGGGAAACCCCACCUCUUCCAAACUCACUGCCGUUGCUCAGGUGUGUCAAGCUGUCCAAAUAAAGGCAAC